CGGCCUUGGCGUCACCCUUUCGUGCCCGUGGAGGGGCUUCACGUUUUUAAGACCUUUUAAGUGUAGAUACCAUGUUUAUUCGUCAGUUUAUUGUCAGAGAACAACCAGAACCAUGAUGCUAGUCAGAUCAGUGAUUAUUGUGCUGUUGGGCUUGUGCACAUGCUACGGUCAAAAUGCCGAAGACUACAACCAGGGUAACGACCAAUCGGCGGUAGUGUCGUCGCGAAAAAACCAAGAUGUAUCUAUACUCAAACAGAUCCACAGACACAACGAAGACGGAUCUUACACUUAUGGGUACGAAGGAUCGGACGGAUCGUUCAAGAUCGAAACCAAGACGGUGACGGGCGAGGUGAGUGGCAAAUACGGUUACGUGGACGACUUGGGCAAGUUGCGCGUCGUCCAGUACGGUGCUAACAAGUACGGGUUCCAGCCUUCGGGUGAGGGCAUAACCGUACCGUCGCCCACGCUGGUGGAGUUGCGGCCGGAAGAGGACGAGGAACAGGACGAGGAACCUGCACCCGUACCGGCCAAGAGACCGUCGCCCGCGAAACCCAUGAAACCACUGUUCCGGAACAACAACAACGGGCCCGAAUCGGAAGUCGGAUUGGUGAGGUCACAACAACCAUCACUGAAGCCGAUAUCAGUCGCAUCCGAUUUUGACGACGGCCAAUGGACGGCACAGCCCGUGAGCCGACCGCAACAGUCUGCGCCGUCUCACCGGCCGGCGCCACGUCCGAACAAGUCGUCUCCACCAGUAUCCGGUUCGUUCAGGGCCGUUCCCGUAGAACAGUCGUCGGACUUGGGUCCGUCAGCGUCGUUCGAGUCAAUCCAGGACUUUGGUGGUAGACAGGCGACCGGAAACGGACGUGUGCAGUCUCACGUAUCCUCCGUCGAUCACUCGUACCAGACGUUCGAAGAACACCAAGAACCUCUGACGGAACCACCGACGUUGUACCAGCCGGUCGCCAAACCCGCGGCCAGGCGCACGUCAUCGGCGUCCAGGCCAGCAGCCCCUCAGCUGUCCUCCAACUACCGUACGGCACCCAGACAGAUGCGUACCAGCGGCGUUCUUGACCAACUCGCAGAACAGUACGCGCUGCCCGAGUCCCGAUCACCCGUGUCCCACGACUUUUCGUUCGGUUCGGACUCUUAAGUGUGACAGACGUCCGUUUAGUUAGGCUUGUGUAAAUAUUUGUGUAUAUUUAAUAUGACUUUUUUUUUUUUUAUUGAAAAUAAACGAUGUUUUUAAGUAAAA